AUGACUACCGACUUCAAUCACGGCGGCCAGAUGAUCGAGUACAUCCAGGGUUGGUACAAUACCGUCUCUACCUUGCGUCUUAUGAUUCUGCUCCCAGUUCCAGAACCCCGUUUCCCUUCCAUCUGGACGCACCCAAAUCCCCAAGCAAGCGUGCACGUGCCCAGCCCGCCACUCCGAGCAAGCGCCGUUCUCCCCGUGUACUUUACCGUCGACGACACUCUUCUUUACAAUGCCUUCCACGCUGAUUUCGGCCCACUCCAUAUUGGUCACCUUUACCGGUUUGCCGUGCUCUUCCAUGAGAUUCUUGGCGAUCCAGCCAACAGCGACCGCCCGGUGGUCUUCUAUAGCAAGACUGAUGCUCGGAGUCGCGCGAAUGCAGCCUGCCUUGUUGCAUGCUAUAUGGUCAUGAUUCAAUCCUGGCCACCUCAUUUAGCUCUGGCACCCAUCGCACGGGCAGACCCUCCUUACAUGCCUUUCCAUGUCGUCUAUGGAGUGUGGAAGGCUAAGGAACAGUCUCUUUGCGGGCUUCGCGACUUCAAUCUUGAGGAGUACGAGAAAUUCGAACGAGUUGAUAUGGGUGACUUCAACUGGAUUACACCAGACUUUCUUGCCUUUGCAUCUCCUCAGCAGCAGCCCGUGGCACCAAUUCCUGUCAACAGCCCGAGUACAACGCAUUGCCCGCAACAAUCUCUGAAAUUUCUUCCUCAAAGCUUCCCAUGCCAUUCAAGAAUGUUCUCGCCCAUUUCCACCAGCGCAACGUCGGUCUUGUUGUACGACUCAACUCGGGCUGAUGGCACAUGCCCUCCCCUGCAGCUCGUCAGACGAUUUAUCAAAAUGGCCCAUGAGAUGAUCACCAUCAAGAAGAAGGGCAUUGCAGUUCAUUGCAAAGGCAGGUCUGGGCCUAAUUGCCUUCAUGAGAUUCAUGCGACCCGGUAUGGUCGUUGGACCUCAGCAGCACUGGCUCCACCUCAACCAAGGGCCUUCCGUGAAUGGUGGUUUGAGGAUAGCAUGCGCGAGAAGCUAGCACAGUCCACACCUGUAACUCCACGAGUGUCCACAAAGAAGCGCACUAGCAGCGGGGUCGUCUCCACCCCCCAAACAAUAGCCACUCCAAACGCGCAGCCCUCGGAGAAAUUGAUCACAACGAGGCUGCAGCUUACCCCAGACCAGGAUCUUCCUGCACCAACUCCUGGCCAGCCUCGCAAGUCCCACCGAAAGGACUCACGUCACCACCCUUAUUCCCGAACUGCCUCCGGAUCCCUCGCUGUUGAAACCGAGCAACGGGGCCACCGCAGCCACAGGAAGAGUAACGAGAGCAGUGAGAGUGAAGAAGAGAUCCAGCUUCGUCGAUUAGCGCAGCGGUCAUCCAGGUCUCCUGUUGCCUCCCCCACGUCACGGUCUAUCAGUUACUCUGCCACUGUCACAGCCAGCUACACUCUCACAGAAGACAAUCACAAGGAUCAAGAGAACUGGGUUGAUCACUCAGCACCCAAGACUCCCGUGAGCCGCAAGAGCGGCGCUGCACCUAUCUCGGUCAGCAAAGUUCGCUCCAGUCCUCGCCGGGCAGCGGAAAAUACCCGCAGCGAGUCUCGUGGUGUUCGCAAGCCCAGUGGCCGUAUUGGUAGCAAUACCAUCAGCCCCGCACGGGCUAUUAAGACCAUCCACUAA